AUGGGUACAAACCCUCGCCUGCAAGAGCUGGCCGCUGUGGUGGUGGCGGCGGCGGAUUCUGAACCACGGCCGCGGGCGCGCGUGGUGCGGAUCCUAGUGCACGAUGCUGACGCCACCGAUUCGUCUUCCAGCGAGGACGAGGCGCCGCCGCCGCCUCCUCCUCGGCGGAGGGCGAGGGGUGGCAGCAGCAGCGUCGGCGUGAGGCGCCAUGUUAUGGAACCGGCCGGGGCAAGCUCGGCCGUUCGGUUCCGUGGCGUCCGUCGGAGGCCGUGGGGGCGCUGGGCUGCGGAGAUCCGCGACCCGCACAGCCGCCGCCGACUGUGGCUCGGCACCUUCAACACCGCUGAGGAGGCUGCCAACGCCUACGACGCUGCGAACAUCCGCUUCCGCGGUGCCAGCGCCCCUACCAACUUCCCUGCGGCCCGCUACUCGCCGCCUCCAGAGCCAGCCAAGCCUAUCAUCUCGCUGACUCCUGAACCUGGAAAGGUGAUCACCUUGCCACCGGUACCUGUGAAGCCGACCUUCCCUCUGCAGGUGAAGGAAGAGGGUGGGAGCUGUGACGGCCAGGUCAAGGGAGCUAGCUCGGAUGUCAAGGGGUUUGCACCGAAGCCGGUGUGGGAGAUGAUCCCCAGUAAGCGCCAGAAGUAUCCGGGCUGUGCUGAUGGUUCUGGCCUGCGUGCCAUCCAUGCUGCCUCCAUCUAUGUGGAGGAGGUGUCUGUGAACUCCUAG